AUGUAUUUUAAUCUGCAGGAAUUGAGCCCGAUCAACCUUCGAGCCUACACUACUUGGCUUUCGCAAAGUCCGAUUAGGCCCUGGAAUGACCCGGCAAGCAAAGAUCCGAACAACCAAGACUCAUUGGUCAGGGUCAUUGAUGCAAAAUUUGCGAGACAACCCGGCGACGAUCUCGUCCGUGCAGCCGCCGAAAAUCAUUCUGUGCAUUAUUUGAGACUAGACCCCGACAAACCUGAUGCAGUCGAAAAGCACAAGACAGAAGCGGGGAAGGAUAUCAUCGGAGCAAUGACGCUCCUCCGUCUCCGCCAGUGCCUCGCAGAUUGGGCAUCCCGUAGUCUUCGGCUUUCGGUUCUACUGGCCAACUCCCCGUUUCCAGGAAGACAACGCCUCGAGUUUCUGGGCGUUGGUUUCCUUGCCGAGCAGAAGAUGUCCAGCGGUCAAGAGGGGAAGCAACACGGUGCUUGCAUCCCGGUUCGACGACGACACGACUUGAAAUCCUGGGCCCUCUCUGACUCCGUCACGGGCACGCCGUUGUUCUGGAUCGAGUACGAGUGGAUCAGAGUCUUCGAGGCCACUAGCGUCUUCUGGAUGACGAGACUUGUUGAGAGGAAGGAGGGGCAGAAGCCGUAG